AUGCCAAAGCACCAGCCAAAUUCUCCUCAAACGCCUUACCGUUUCCUUACUCUCCUCCAAUCUUUCAUCAAAAACUCCACAAACUCCAGAAAGAUCAAACAAAUCCAUUCCCUCAUUAUCACAAAUGGUCACCUUCACAUCACUUCCAGAUGGACUAAUACUCUUCUCUACAAUUCCCUCAUCAGAAUCUACUGUCUUUUCCAACCCCAGAGCACUUUUGUUCUGUUCAGGCACAUGCUCUGUCACAAUGCCCUCCCAAAUCACCUUACUUUCCCUUUCCUCAUAAAAUCUUCAGCGACCCUUUUGCCUCCCAUUGCUUUACUUGCCGGGAAGCCGCUCGGGGCGCAAGCUUUCAGAAGAGGGGUCUGGUAUGACCCUUAUAUGCAGACAUCUUUCAUCUCUCUGUGCGCCCAUGUAGGUGAUUUAGAGAGUGCGCGUAAAGUGUUUGAUGAAAUUCUCCAACCGAAUGUUGUUUGUCAUAAUGCUAUGAUUGAUGCCUUUGGGAAGAAUGGGGAUAUGAAUUCCGCGGUUUUGAUGUUUUCGGGAAUGUCGAAUAGGGAUGUGUAUUCGUGGACGAGUUUGAUCAAUGGGUUGGCUCGGAACGAACGUUUUGGGGAAGCACUCGGGUUUUUUGGGAAGAUGAUGGUGGACGGAGAUGUUGUAAGCGGGUUGAUGAAGCCUACUGAAGCUACACUUGUCAGUGUUCUAUCUUGUUGUGCUAAUUUGGAGGGUGGAAAAGGAAUGCAACUUGGGAAACAAGUACAUGGAUAUAUGGUUAAGAAUGAGAGGGAGUUGAGUGUUUUCAUGGGAACCGCAUUGGUAGCAUUUUACGGCAAGAUGGAUUGUUUUGAUUACGCGGAUAGAUUAUUCGGGAUGAUUGCAAUUAAAGGGGUUUGUACUUGGAAUGCUAUGAUUUGUUCACUUGCUCUGCAUUGUAGGGAAAAGGAUGCAUUUGGAAUGUUCAUCGCCAUGGUGAGAGAAGGUUUGUCUCCGAAUGAAAUUACUUUCAUUGGUCUUCUAUCUGGUUGUGCACGGGCCAGUCGUGUGGAUUUGGGUAUGGAAAUCUUCCACUCGAUGAGUUCUGAGUACGGCAUUGUUCCCAAGAUGGAGCAUUACGGAUGUGUGGUUGAUCUCCUGGGAAGAGCUGGAUUGCUUCAGGAAGCAUAUGAGUUUAUGGAAAACAUGCCUUUCAAGGCUGAUGCGUCUGUUCUCGGGGCUCUUCUUGGUGCCUGCAGAAUCCAUGGAGCAACCCAAAUGGCCGAUGAAAUAGGGGAGCGUAUACUGAAUCUAGAACCGCGAGAUUGUGGCCGAUACGUGCAAUUGUCGAGCAUUUAUGCCGGGGCAGAGAAAUGGGACAAUGCUGCUGCCCUGAGGAGAGUUAUGGACGAUACUGGAGUUGAGAAGAUCCCUGCUUAUAGCAUGAUUCAUGAACACUGA